CACCUUAGUAGCUAGAUAGCAAUGGCUACUUAUCAUAGCUAAGCAUGACUGCGGCUAGCCAAACCUUUUUUAAAUCAAAGGUUUCUCUAUCUUCAGUCCUCGAGGAUUAUCUUAACUUGUGAUAUACAAAGAAUCCUUGGACUGGUUAAACCUAGCUAUUUUAUGAUACGGUCGAGUUUUGUUCAGAAUGAAAAUGGGCGGAACGUAUAGGUUUUUAUCAGUGUUUUCUUGUCUCGUUAUAUGCGUUUUCUUGAUCAUAUUUUGGUUUUUCGUGUUUUAUUCCAUGGUCUUGGCGCCGUGAAUACUAAAGAACGUUUCCAUACCUAGGCUGAGACAAGUAGGGGAGUGCCUAGCUAGCUCUGCUUUUACGAAUCAACGCUAACGCUACCUGGCUAGCUAGCUAAACGUCUCCAUAAACAUCUGGUUGGACGUGGGACAAAUGUUCUGUCUGUCGUAAAACCAAAGCUUUACCUAACCUUUCACUGAUCAUCCCGAAAACUGCAGUCAGCCUGAUAGCCAACUUGGCUAGCUAGGGUUAGUUAACCUAACUAGCUUUGGGGUAACUUAUGAAUGUGCCAUUUCAUUAUAAAACGAGAUUCGUUGUCUAGCUUGGUAGCGUUACUUAUAGCAGUGUUUAGUGAUUACACUCACAUUUUAUUAACUACAUCUCGUCCAUUAAGAAACGUCUAUAGCUAGCUAGUUACAACAAAUUAGCUUCCGUUAACGAAUAUAGUCAGUGUUAUUUAUGAUUCACUACUGCGUCUGUGGAGUGCCGUCAUACGGUAGUCACAUGACUUAAACAAGGAAGUCACAUUCUGUGUUAAUCAAAGAGCACAGAGUUUAGCUUUCAAAUGGCAGCUGAGUCAUCUGAAAAGGGCUCAGCUGCUCCAAAGCUGCAGUUUGCCCCUUUCUCCAGUGCUCUUGAAGCUGGCUUCUGGCAUCAGCUCACCCAGAAGAAGCUCAAUGACUACCGUUUGGAUGAAAGUCCAAAAAGUAUCAAGGGCUAUUACUAUAAUGGUGACCCAUCUGGCUUGCCAACUCGUCUGACCCUGGAGUUCAGUGCAUUUGAUAUUGAUGCACCCACACCUGUUCGGUGCUGUCCUGCUUUAGGCACCCUGUACAACACCAACACACUGGAAGCCUUUAAGUCUACUGACAAGAAAGCACUGCUGGAUAAAGCAGCCAAUGAGAUUUGGAAUGCCAUUCAGUCAGGUGCUGCUGUGGAAGACCCUUCAGUUCUGAACAGAUUUAUCCUCUUGACAUUUGCAGAUCUGAAGAAAUACCACUUCUACUAUUGGUUCUGUUACCCUGCUCUGUGCUUUUUGGAAGGAAUUCAGCUUGUGAAAGCCCCAGCCUUAUUAGAGCAGAGUUUUUCCCCCCGCCAGAUAUCUUUGUUUCAAUUGGCUUAUGACGGGCUCUGUUCCACAAGUGGUACAACAGCUGUCCCAUAUUUCCUGGUCAAGUACUCGGAGGAGACUUUUGAAGUGGCCUUGCUGAAAGACUGGGGCUCCUUCUUUGCAGACCUAAAGAAGGUUACCGUGGGUGUGUAUGAUCCAUGCACGCUGUCUCAACAUCCUGGAUGGCCUCUUCGUAAUUUCCUGAUCCUGCUUGCCAGUAAAUGGGGUCCACAGCUGGAAGUGGUUGAGGUUCUGUGCUUCAGGGACAGGACACUCCAAGGCAUGCGCUCAGCACUGCAUAGCAUCGUUUUCCAGGUCAAGCUUCCCAGCUUCUCUGCAGUACAUGUAUUUCCUAAAGUUUGUCCAAAGAGUGUGGGCUGGGAGAAGAACUCCAAAGGGGCCAUGGGACCUCGAAGUGUCAACCUUAGUGAAUGCAUGGACCCGAAAAGACUUGCAGAAUCAUCAGUUGAUCUAAAUCUCAAGUUGAUGCGUUGGCGACUGGUCCCGUCACUGGAUCUAGACAAGGUUGUGUCCACCAAAUGCCUGUUACUUGGAGCUGGGACUCUAGGUUGUAAUGUGGCAAGGACACUCAUGGGCUGGGGGGUGAGACACAUCACCUUUGUAGAUAAUGCAAAGAUAUCCUACUCUAAUCCAGUACGGCAGCCUCUCUUCGAGUUCGAAGACUGCCUGAGUGGUGGGAAGUUUAAAGCCUUGGCUGCUGUGGACAGACUGAGGAAGAUCUUUCCUGGCGUGAAUGCCGAAGGCUUCAACCUGAGCAUUCCCAUGCCUGGCCACCCGGUCAAUUUUUCCGAAGUGACGAUUGCGCAAGCUCGGCAGGACGUGGAGCAGUUGGAGGCGCUGAUCACAGCACAUGACGUAGUUUUCCUGCUAAUGGACACCCGGGAGAGCCGAUGGCUUCCCACAGUCAUAGCUGCCAGCCAGAGGAAGCUCAUAGUUAACGCUGCCCUCGGUUUCGACACCUUUGUGGUAAUGAGGCAUGGCCUGAAGAGAAACAGAACCUCGGACACCGGAGACACCAGCACUUCAUCAUCAUCAUCAUCAUCUUCCUCUGCAUCAGGCACCUUUUCAUCCUCGACGCCAGCUAUACCUGGAUCAUCUCUGUUCUCCAACAUACCUGGGCAUCGACUUGGCUGCUACUUCUGCAAUGAUGUGGUUGCCCCUGGUGAUUCAACCAGGGACCGAACCUUGGACCAGCAGUGCACGGUCAGUCGCCCUGGUCUUGCCAUGAUAGCAGGAGCCCUGGCAGUGGAGCUGAUGAUCUCCAUUCUCCAGCACCCAGAGGGAGGCUAUGCGGUGGCCAGUAGCAGUGAUGACCGCAUGAAUGAACCACCAACCUCACUUGGCCUCGUCCCUCAUCAGAUCCGAGGCUUCCUUUCGAGGUUUGACAAUGUUCUUCCUGCGAGCUUGGCUUUUGACAAAUGCACCGCCUGCUCACCUGUGGUCCUUGACCAUUAUGAGCGUGAUGGGUUCCAGUUUUUGUCUAAGGUUUUUAACUCCUCCCAUUCCUUCCUGGAAGACUUGACUGGAUUGACGCUGCUGCACCAGGAGACGCAGGCUGCCGAGAUUUGGGACAUGAGUGAUGAUGAAAGUAUUUGAAUUUGGAACCUGUGGCCUGCCUUCGGAUGAAAUAAACCAAGCCACGCACUCCCUACAUGUCAGAAACGGACAACAUGGCUGCCCACCGUGACAACAUGAAUAUUUUGGUAACAUGCCAGAGAAAUUGACAUCAUCAGUGCUGAGAUGUAAAAAAAAAAAAAAAAACAAUACAUGGGGUGGUUAAAAAGAAAACUGAGCACAGCGAUUUUAAGCUGUGUUAUAACAAAUUUUAAAUGCGUAACUGAGUAAAUGUGGAAGCUCAUAUGUGGCGUUACGUCAUGAGUCGUCAAUCUGCAGUGUGUUAUUGUUCAUAAACAGAGUGGAAAACCAUAUUGAUAACAUUUUGCUCUUUGUUAAUGAUUAAAAUUUUGGUUUAGUAACAUGUUAAACAAGUCAUUACCACCUAAUAAAGUUAAUUCUGUGUAGUGCUUCUUCA